CACCCUGACACACACAUAUACAUUCCCACCCUUGUUUGUGUAUAUUGUGUAAUAAAUACUAAUUCUUGGAUUCUAUGUUUGCUAUCUGAUAAUUCGAACUCGAAAGUAGAUAUGAAUCCAUUUCUUCAAACACCCACAGAGAAGAGUUCAGACUGGAGUCAAUCAUUGCAAGCAAGCUAGGGGAGAUUGACGUCUGCUUCUUUCUAGUGUCAGUGUUAAAACAACACAUGAAAAUGUGACAAAAAAAAAAAAAAAAAAAGAAGCAAGGGAGACUACUUGGCAUGCGCUUAUUUCAAAAAGGUCAACACAUUAGAGAGGAAAGCCACAAGAAUUGGGCGCAACGAAAACUAAUUAAACACCGACCUCUUUAAGGGCUUAGGAUGCGCAAUCUUUGGCGGACAUAGGUCCAGUUGACUGAGACGUCCCGAUUUAUAUUUUGUAAAAAUUCUGAGGGUUCAAUUUGUUGACUUCGAGUGACUUACAGAAACUGGAUCGACACUACUAGGGGGCUGCAUCAAUAAUGUAAUACUAUGCAAAUAGAGGAUUAAUUUCGUAUGACGACCAAAGUGGUUGAGAGGUUGAUUGAAGUCAUUCAGUUAUAAUGAGACGGUAAUAUCCAGUGGAUCAGUCACACAAAUCUGCCAAGGAUGAAUAACAAAGUGGAUUGUAUGGAUGAAGAGGUCACUCAUCCAACUGGACAAUGGACAGAGUUAAAGACCACGGACUUAUCUCAGAGAAAGAAAGAGAAUCAAGUAGAGGCUUUGUCCAAUAACACCGGCAUCCCAAGCAAAGAGAAUGAAGCAGUCGGCCCAGGGAAAGCUCCGUUCUUUUGUUCCUGCCGCUUCGGCUUGUCCAUCAUCUCAUGUUUGGGCUUCAUCAACCUGUACGCCCUGAGGGUCAACAUGAGCGUGGCCAUGGUGUGCAUGAUCAACCAGACGGCCUUGGCCUUGAUGAAGGAGGACCACAGCGCUAACGUCACGAGGGUCAACGCCAGGCCCACUACUUGUGACGGGGCUGAGAGGAGCUCCAAUUCUUCAGGCUCGCCAUUACAAGAAGAUGGAGAGUUCGCCUGGCCCAAAGAAGUGCAAGGUCUAAUCUUGGGUUCCUUUUUCUGGGGCUACCUGACAACUCAAGUUUUUGGAGGGUGGAUAUCUCAACGUUUUGGCGGGAAGCACGUAUUUGGUUGGUCCAUGUUCGUGUGUGCUGUGGUGACGUUGCUCAUGCCUGUGGCUGCCAGAUGGAGUUACAUUGCUCUAAUUGUGACCAGGAUUAUAGCUGGAACUUGCCAGGGCUUCGUGUGGCCAGCCAUGGCAGUGUUAUGGGCAAGAUGGGCUCCUCCAUUGGAAAGAGGAAUUCUCUGCAGCAUAUGUUAUGCUGGUUCUCAAAUUGGUAAUGUUUUAACUUUUCCCAUUGCCGCAUCACUUUGUGAGUACGGAUUUGAUGGGGGUUGGCCAGCAGUUUUUUAUGUACUAGGUGGUCUAGGAGUUGUCUGGUUCGCGGCAUGGAUGUUCUUUGUGUUCGACUCUCCAGACAUUCACCCGAGAGUUUCAGACCGAGAGAAAGUUUACAUCAAGGAGAGUUUAGUCGGAAACAUGUCCACCUCCAUGGAGGACAAAGGCAGCACACCCUGGGUGUCCAUCUUAUUGUCCAUGAAAGUGUGGGCCAUUGUGGUCAGCCAUACUUGUGCCAACUGGGGUACAUAUACCUUCCUAACGAACAUGCCAACUUACUUGAGAGAAGUUCUGUAUUUCCCAGUACAAGCGAAUGGUGCAAUAUCCGCACUACCCUAUGUAGGAUUUUUUAUAGUCAUCAAUGUCUCGGGGUUAAUCUUUGAUGGUGUUCUGUCCAGAAAUUUAAUAUCACGAACUAUGGCAAGAAAAAUAGGAAAUACGCUAGGUUUACUGAUGCCCGGGAUCUUUGUGCUAGGGGUGGGUUACUUGGACUGCAGCCAGGCCAGUGGUGCGGUUACUCUGCUGGUCAUCGGCGUGGCCAUGAGUGGGUGCCAGUACGGGGCUGGCUUUCUCACCAACCCGGCUGACAUAGCCCCGAGGUUCGCUGGCGUCAUCUUCGGGUUGUCCAACACUUUUGCCACGCUGCCGGGAUUUAUCGCCCCGACAGUCAUUGGCUACAUCACUACAAAUCAAACGCAAGCUCAGUGGCAAGUGGUCUUCUACAUAGCCAGCGCCAUUUACGCCUUCGGGGCCGUGUUCUUUAUCAUCUUCUCUUCAGGGGAGAUUCAGGAGUGGGCCAAAGAGAAGCAGGAUGUUGAAAACAGCGAUAUAGCCUCUGGCAAAGACAACCUUGGCGCCGACAUUGAACUAAAUGGCGUAGAGUCAGGUGACUCAAAGUCAGAAAAACAAGGCUCAAGACUGUAAUGGGGAGUGAAGACUUGGUGGACAAAGGAUAUGCUACUACUUGCCAUUCAAUAUGGAUGUUACGGCCAAAACCCGAAGUGUGGCCGUUUCGCGAAUUGACCGAUUUCUGGUUUAGGCCCUAACAUGGAAAUUGUUCGAGCCCAGUGGUGCCCAACAUUUUUAGGUCUUGGGGUCUCCCAUUAAUGUCUGACCCAUAUGUCACGUCUGGGGGGUCUCCCAUUAAUCUCUGACCCAUAUGUCACCUCUGGGGGUCUUCCAUUAAUGUCUGACCCAUAUGUCACGUCUGGGGGUCUCCCAUUAAUGUCUGAUCCAUAUGUCACGUCUGGGGGUACCUCAUUAAUUUCUGACACAAAUAUCACAUCUGGGGGGGGGGGUCCCUCAUUAAUUUCUGACCAAUAUGUCACAUCUGGGGUCCCUAAUUCAUUUCUGACCCAUAUGUCACAACUGGGACUCCCUCAUUAAUUUCUGACACGCAUCUCACGGACUUCUUUGCUAUAGAACUGAGCUUCUGUAGCUUCACUUUGCAUUGUGGGAAAGUGUCACGUCACGAGCCAGAUGUCGCCCGCGGGCCGUGGUUUGGGCAUCACUGAUCAUUUUGAACAAAAAUGUUGUAAGCAUACGUAAAGCAUUAAAUGAAUUUCAGAUCACUUGAAUUACUCACAGCUGUUACUUAGCUGAAAAAUAGGCUUUAGAUUUUUAUUCCCUUCUUGAAGUAUAUAUUUACGACAAUAAGAUCAGUCUUAAGUCAACACUAGUCAAAGUCAGACUGAUGCGCUCCCUAGUCAUGGCCACCUUCUUUUAUGCUUGCGCGUCUUGGACGCUGACUGCAGAGCUAGAGAGGAGGAUCCCAGCAAUGGAAUAGAGGUGAUACAGAAGGAUCCUAGGUAUCACAAUUAAAGGCCGCAUCACUAACGAAGAGAUUGAUGAAAGCGUUACUAGAGCGAUAUGAUCCAACGAUGACCUGCUACUAUUUAAAAAAAACGGAAAUCAAAUCUUUAAGGCCAUAUUACAAGGUCUCUCGAGGCUUGCAAAGACCUUCCUUCAGAGAACAGUACCAGGGAAAGGAAGGAAAGAUAAACCGGGAAAGCGAUGGAAAGACAACAUAAAAGAAUGGACGGGCUUGCCAUUGAAAGAGGUUUUGAACGAUGCUAAAGACAGAGAGGAAUGGAGAAAAAUGGUUGACAAAUCUUGUGUGGUGCCCCAUCGGUCCAACAGACUAAGGGAUAGGUGAAAGUGAAGCUUAAAAACUCAAAAGAGAACAGAAAUAAGAGUCUGGAAUGAGCUUAUUAUUUUGUGCUCAUCAGUUUGUUCCACAUUGAAACUACUGUGAUUCGAUUGCAUUUAAACAUACGAUAUUAAAUUACUAUCGACAUUCAUAUGCUUUGUGUAUUAAAAAAAACGUACAAAUGUAUGAUGUGUUCGUGUGUGUGUAACUCAAUAUAUAACUGAUAUUAAAUAUGUUCGGAUUUUAACCAAAUCAAUAAGACUGUGUUUUUGUUAAAGAUAACCAGUGUGUGUGUGUUUAUGUCUGUUUCUGUGUGAACUGUUUUUUUCUUCUUAUUUUGAUUUAAAAAAUGAAUCAAUACGAAUCAAUAAAGCAAUCUAAUCUUA